CGGGCAGCUGGAAGACAGGCUGAAUCUCACACAGUAUGAUUGAAACACUUUACCGUGUGAGAAAGAUAUAUUACAUGAUUAUUUUCAUCAUAGGUGUCCAUGUGAAUUUAAUGGCGAUUGUGAUCCUGUCCCGGGGAAAGUGCGGCCUCUCCACCUGCACCACUCGCUACCUGGUGGCCAUGGCAACGGCCGAUCUACUGACCAUUAUCUUUGAUGUCUUACUGUGGCGGGUCAGUUAUUACUACUUCCCCGGGACUUUCCUGGACAUCACCCCCGUGUGCAGUGCGGUCGGUGCCCUGGGUGUUGCAGCCACGGACUGUUCUGUCUGGUUCACCGUCAUGUUUACAUUUGAUCGGUUUGUCGUCAUCUGUUGUCACAAGCUGAAAACAAAAUAUUGCAUCGGGAAAACUGCGGCUGUGGUUCUGACAACAACUGCCGUUCUGAUGUGUAUUAAAAACGUGCCCUACUGCUUUCGAUUUCGUCCUGCGAAAGUAGUUGACAAUAUACCCUGGGACUGUAUUUCCAAGGCAGACCACUAUACGGAUCCCGGAUGGGUGGGGAUCUCUCUGUCCCUAAUACGGGAGAAAGAGGCGCCUCCGUUUCACAGCGAGAGGAAAGACAUUACAAACAUCUCGCUGGUUUACGAUGUUGGAAAUCCGUUACGUCACUUUAUUCGAUCUCCCUGCCAGAAUAUCCCAAAACUCUCUGUUCUCCGGGCACACAACCGUAGAUCUUCCGACUCCCCUGACGACACGCGGAUCUCCUGCCGUGACACCGACCUUCGAUCUGCCCUUUUCCAGAGCCCCGAGAUCGUAAACCACCAAAAGCGAGCCGAACACCGGCUAGUGGUGAAACGCCAAGAGCGUGUCCCAUACCCGCAAAGAACAGUAAUCAACGUGUAA